AUGGUUAAGCCCCAGCUAAAGCUUCGGCAAUCAGCCCACCCAGUCGUCGAGGAAGCCUCAGAAUAUGACUCGGACACGGAGUCGGAUAGCUCAUUUGAAGACGAAGGAGUCUCCUUCGACUCCAUGGGUGCACAGAUCGCAACUACAGCUUUGUACAUGGAGCCAGAUUUCAUUGUUGUUGUUGUUGGUCAAAAACGCGAUGUGCCAUUGAUCUGCAUUGAGGUGAAGAGGGAUGACGCUGUCAAUUCGUCAGCACAUCAGCUAAAGCAGUACAUCGAACUUCUUCAACAAAAGCAGCCUCACCAGUACUUUGCUGGUGUGCUCAUAUUGGCUGGGACUUUCUACUGUUAUAGUACAACUGGCAGGCGAAAGCCAACUCCAGGUGGAAAUGGUCUGGAGACUGCAGAAGGGUUAGCAAAGGUAUUCCAGGAAAUCGCGGACAACGUUCUGAAAGAAAUGCCGUUGUGA